GCUGCCUAAGUUUUUGGAUGCAGCCUGUGUUUAUCCAUGAUACGUCAGCAUAAGAAUUAAACAACCAACGCAAAUGUAUUGACGAUGCACAGCUCUGAUUGGACACGUCGCUGUCAGUGGUCUUUUACGAUUGGUUUACGUUCUAAGUUUUGUUAGUCCCUCCCCCAAAAGCUGGCAGGUUUUUCCAACGCCUCUCAGCGGUGCACCACGGAGGUUUGGAAGCGGGUGGGAAAGACGCGGGCAACGACUGACCCUAUUACACUAAAAAUUGUACGCAGGGUUGGUUUGCCCGGUCCGGUUUCCAAACUAAUACCGUCGUACCUGCUCUCACGUUUCAUCCCAGACCUGACAUCCCCUCUAAUGUCGGAUUUCAAGCUUGGGAUUGUUCGACUUGGCCGUGUGGCCGGGAAGACAAAGUACACUUUGAUUGAUGAACAAGACAUACCAUUGGUGGAAAAUUAUGCCUUUGAGGCGCGCAUGGAAGUUGAUGCAGAUGGGAAUGGGGCGAAAAUCUUUGCUUAUGCCUUUGACAUCGGCAAGGGUAGAUGGGCUGGUCGACCACUGCAUGAGUUACUCUGGGAAAAACACAGAGGUGGAAUUGCUCCAAGUUUCCAAGUAGUUCACAUAAACUCAGUCACAGUAGACAACCGUCUAGACAACUUGCGUCUCGUUCCUGUGGGAUGGAGUCCCAAACCAGAAGAACUGUCAAGCAAACAAAGAGAGCAGUCGCUAUACUGGCUGGCCAUCCAGCAGGUUCCAGCAGACCCAGUGGAAGAGCAGUAUCUGGAGUUGAGUCGCACACGCUACUACAAUGCUAAUGGAGAGCUGGUGGAAGAGGAGGAGUGCUCCUGCACCUACUACGAGUGUCACUACCCACCCUGCUCGCUGAUUGAGAGGAGGUUGAGGGAGUUCAACAUUUGCGGCCGAUGCCAAGUGGCACGCUACUGCGGCUCACAGUGCCAACAGAGAGAUUGGCCGGCCCAUAAGAAGCAGUGCCGUGAGCGUAAACGGGUUCUGGCUCUGGAGUCUGAGCCAGAGCGAUGAUCCCCCUCAACCCCAGUUUGAAGAACGAUGGUCACGGGGUGUGGCAUGAGACUGAAUUGAAAUGCAAAAACUGGCUGGUAAGACAGGGGACAAUUUUGGUGGGUUGGAUGGGCCUAUUGGGGGUGGGGGGACAUACUUCCCAGAACUUUCAUAUCUCCACAACUUGCCUAUGGGGAUUAUGGGAAAUGGAGUUUUUUGUUAUUCAGAGGGAGGUCUUAAAGGCUCCACCUGCUGCUAUGGAUGUGUGUUAAAUGAAGAAAAACACCAUGCCGUCAUAACUCUUUCUCUGUGGACUGCAUAUGAGUAUUGACAGUCAUGCGCUCACUUGUUCCAUCCGCCCUUCUGUCAUGAAGUGUUAACCGCCGAGGGACAAAACUGCUGUACAACUGAUGAGAUGGAAUACGGACCUCUUCACUGUACUACCCUUCCUCUUCCUCUUCUCCCAGUUGGACUUCUUGUGCACAUAACCUAGCACAUAGUCACUCACCUGCCAUACCUUCAUUAAGUAUAAAGCCAAUAGCUGUGCAAAACCACACCACCAGUAUUGUGUGUGCAAUGCCAUUACUGACUGAAUGACAUGGAUAAAGUGGUUAUUUUUUUCCCUUUUUUCUUGUUUUAUGGGAUUUUUUUGGGGGGGGGG